CCUGCAACCCUGUGGCUCUUCCUCCAUAUCUGAUCAAGAAGAGAAAAGAGCCUGAGACGGCGAGAAAAAACAUGUAAACGUACCGGGGUCUGCUGCCUUGAAUAAUGCAGAACGGUAGCCCGCUCUGCCUUGUUCUCUUGUGUCUUCUUGACUGCUUGCGAAGAUCGGGGUCCCUUCUACCCGUUGGUCUAAUCCACGCCACGAAGCCUCUUGACUGGGUUGCUCACAUCUUCCGGAUGGUCACUUGCCUUAAGCUAUUUUACCUUAUUCCUCCCCUGCCCUGCACUGCCCUGCACUGCUCGUCCUGUUCUACGCGCACCCGUUGGUUUUACACACCUCUGUCCAAAAAAAGCCCUUGCCGCUUCUUGGUUUGCUGCCUUGAGUGUUGGCCCCUACCUAGGCGUGAACGUCUUCUUUUAUAACCGCCUCCUUCCUCAUCUUACCUUCUGUCCUUCAGCCUUCUUGGACAAGGUGGCCAAUCAGACACUCAAUCCUCCUGAUCUGUACCUACCCACCCACUCCUCUCGCUCACAAACCCGCUUGCGUCCUGACCAGACACCC